GAGAUUGAUCAAAUAGGCUGGCAAAGUAAUUGAAUCCUCACAUGUGGGAAGGUGAAAUUUUUGGAAGAAAUGGAGGAAAAUCGGUUUAAAUUCCAAAGCUUCAAUCAAAGAAUCGCAACAAUUAAGAUAGAUGUCGCUCAUAGGAUCAGUGAAACUCGCGAAAUUCCAGAGGAUGAGAAAGAAACUUUCUUUCAGGAAACUCUAACGAAAUGGAUAGAUUUGAAUUGUACCCAAGAUUUCACAAAAUUUUAUCAUGAAGUUAAAGGAUAUGUUCAGAAUCUGAAACAGCUUUUGUAUCAUAAAGAGGAGGUAUUACGAAUUCUGUGCAAACAUAUUCAGUCGGAAAAUUCCAAGUGUCUUGAUGCAUUGUUAGAUUUAUUAGCGCAAUUCACACGUGAUUUGCAGCAUGAAGCUUACCAAUAUUUUGAAGAAAUCUACACUGCAUUGACAAAAGUUUUGAGAAGCCGCGAUCCUGAAAUCAUUGAAAAUGCAUUUGUAUGCCUUGCUUAUAUUUUUAAAUAUUUGUGGAGGUAUAUGCUUCAAGAUUCGCAAAAAGUUUAUGGGUAUUACAAGUCAUUGCUUAGAAGCUCCCAAAAGCCAUACAUCCGGCAGUUUGCAGCUGAAAGUAUUGCCUUUCUAGUAAGGAAGUUUAAAAAUAAAGAUGUAUUUUUGGACCUGAUUUUCCAGUCUGUCUGUGAUGAUCCUAGUCUCACAGAAGGAGUUGGUUUGCUGUUAUUUGAAACUAUAAAAGGUGUCAACAAAAUGUUCAAUUCUCAAGCUGCCAAUGUCCUACAAAUGGCCCUGGGUAAGCUUAGCGAAAAAAGCUUUGCAGGUAGCAGCUGUAGCGGCUCUGAGGUAUAUCAAUGCAUUUCUGUCACCUUCCUUGCAACUUGUAAAUACAUUUCAAAAGAAUACUUUGAUCUUCUAUGGAAAGAGCUAAUCUCCCAAACAGAAAUGACCAUUAGAAGACUGGAAAGCAGUGUCACAGAGGAAAUAAAUAUAUCUAGUCAGCAAAGAUUGUUGCAUUUACUGGAGCUUGUUACUUUGGUGGUAGAAUGGAAGUCUGGGGUUUUAGUUGGAACUUUUGCUGAGAAAAUUCUGGAGCUAUUGAAUCAACUUCUGGGUGUGGACUACCCUGUCAUCUGCCAAGAUACAAUAAUUCGGCUCUUCACUCAAGUUAUACAUUGCAGUGGUGUUACUUUACCUGACAAAGAUGUACAGCAGACAAUGACAUUACUUUUUACAAAAAAGUUUGGUGCAAACAAGAUAUCAUAUCUGAUGAAAGAUUGUAGAGCUGGUGGUAAAUUUGAAUCUAUGUCAGUGUUAUUGUUUCUUCUGUAUGUUGGAAAAGGCCUUACAAACACAGAUGUUUCAAAAGAAGAAGCAGAGUCCUUAAUCUUCUCUCUUGCUGAACAUAUUGCAACUAAAAAGGAUCACUUCACUGGUGUUUUCAGCAGCCCAUAUACUGAAAAUGAACUACUGCAUUUCCCUAACAAUGAUGCUGUAUCAGUGUCUGAUGUUUUGCUGGAUAAAAUCAGUACUUUUUAUAGGGAGCAAAAAGCAGUUUUUGAUGCCCCAGAAAAUGAGCUGGAUCUCCUUUGGUCUUGUUUGGUUUGUCUACCAUAUGUAAGGCCACUGUCAGUAGAAAGAGCCUUAGAAAGCCUGCAUAAUUUGGCUAUGCUAUUGUCAACUGCUGUAAUGGAAAAACAAGGAAGAAGUCAUAGAGUCAUAUUUCUUUUUUCUCAAGCCAUCAGAUCAUUUUACAUGAUCAAAUCAGCCCAAAAGUGUAAAUGUGAUGUUGCUUUUGAAUAUGAAGACCUAUGCUGUUUAUUAAGAUUAUACCCAGCAAAUGUACAUUUGCUGCAAGCGUUUGAAAUCUUUAGCGACAAUAUGAAAGAUCAAAAUGAUGAAUUAGCUGUAAGAUUGUUUCAAGAAGUUUUUGAUCUCCUAAAACACAAUUUGUCGUCAAACCUGGCAAUCUUACGAAAACUCACUCUUCUCAUUUUUCUCCAUUUGUCAAAUUCACUUGAAAGUCCGGUGACGCUCAGUCAACAAAGCAUUGUAAUAAGACAGUGUUUAGAUGCUGAGAACAUCCCAGCAGCGUUUGCAAGCUAUCUUAACCGAUUGUUGCAUCUAAGAAAGCUCGUGUACAAGUCGAGCGAAAGCAAAGAAGCAAGGCUUUUCAACAAUGAAAUCUUAGUAAGAUAUCUCGUUGGAAAUCUUCGCAUCAACCUUCGACCAAUGUGGCAACCCGUUAUGGAUGUUAUUAGAACCCAUUCGGUAGAUGAAAACCAAAAAGACUUUUGGAUAGUUUUCAAAGAACUGCUUGCAUUUGCCUUCGAUAAUAACGGGGAGAAAGAUAUGGAGGUUGCUGAUAGUGAUAUGAUAGGCAGUGGUAUUAUAGAGAAAUAUCGACCAUUGGCAUCUGAAACAGAUGCUUUGAGCAGAUCUGAUCACAAUAACUUAUGUUUGCUGUUGUGCCAGACGAUGGAAGAGUUUCCGCAUAUCGUUGAAGCGAAGUCAAGAGAUGUUGUCCCAAUGUUUUUAACAUUUUUAAGCAAAGAAUAUGGGAAAUUCGAUGAUUCAUUUAGGCCAGCGCAAGACCUUUCUUCAAGAAUAAUCAAGAGGUUCUUGGACACAUCGAUGAAGAAGUUGAAGGCCAGGAUGAGCAGCUUAGAGGUACCGAACAUAUUGAGGAAGGUGAAGCGAAAAAAAGAGUUGGCAGGAAGCAAGAAUCAGGAAAGAAACUGA